AUGCUUUUGGUCAAAGAUCUCCACCGACUCACUCCCUGCUUUUGCUCCUCUUCAACCUCUCCAGCUUCUCUUUAUCUCUUCUUCCCAUUCGUCUUCUACCGACAGAUUUUGAUGUUUUCACCUUUGACUUAUUGUCUUCUUCACCAUCUCUCUUCACCUUCUACUCUGUCAUCAUCAACAAAGUGGUUUUCCGAUUAUCGCACUAGUUGUAUUUCCUUCACACAUCCUUCGACGGAUUCCAAUACCGAUGACUCAAUAACGUUAUGGAGAAGAUUCUUGGCAAAGCUUCCGCAGAGGUUGGUUUAUGGAGAAAAAGCGGAAGCACCAAUUGCAAUUGGGUUUGAUGAUUUCAUUGCAGUUGCAUUAAGCGAUGCUGGAUUUUAUCAAAAGGCUUAUCUGGAGAUUAAUAAAACAGACAGAAAUAGAGUUGUUAUUACAUAA